UGUGCCCGGGACAGCCACGGGCGGCUGUGCAGCCCCGGCCGCAGCGAUGGAGCCGCGGUGCCCGCCCUGGCUGCCGCGGUGUCCCCGGCCGUGCCGCCUCCUGCUGCGCUCCCUGUGCUCCGGCCCCGCGGGGGCCAUGGCCGCGCUGCGGGCGCUGCAGCGGAGCCGGCCCCGGGACGGAGCGGGGCUGGCGUUCCCCUGGCCGGCUCUCACCGCAGCCCUGUGCGCCGAGGAGCCCUCGCUGGAGGGGCCAGAGGACGCCCUGGCUGUCAAGCCACGGCUGCUGCUGCUGCCCGUUUUGUGCCAGAGGAACCUCUUCUCCCUGCUCCUGGUGGUGCAGGAUGCGGUGCCACGGGACUGCCUUCACCAGCUGCUCCAGGCCUUGGAGCAGCAUUCCCGUGUGGAUCCCUGGGUGCAGGCACUGGGGGAUCUGCUCCAGCAGGGACCAAGGGCACAGGAGAGCUCCCCACAUCCCACUGCCCUUUCUGCUGCGUGCCAGCAGCAGCUUAGGGGCCUGUGCCAGAAAAUUGCCCAGAAGAAACCAGAGGGACAAAGAAAAUUGAGCUGGUGCUUCAGCAAGCAGGCUGGUGCCCCUGACUCUGUGCCUGAAGGUGGGAAAUGUAAAGAAGUGUCUGAGGAGAGCCUGGAGUUGGACAAUGAGAGAGAGGGGAAGAGGUUGUUGCUGGAGGAGGUGGCAUUUGAGCCCCAGGAAUGUGGAGAUGUGGCAGAGGUGGAAGAGGAGGUGCUUGAGGAGCCUUCAGGGGACACAUCUGCUCAGAGCACAGAUAAGGCUGCUCAGGACAGCUCCCAGCAGGAUGCAGCUGGGGAGCCCAGGAGGAUUUCCCAGACAGAGCUGGCAGCAGAGGUCCAGUCCUUUGUCCAGGUGCAUGGACAGGGGCUGAAAAUGCUGCUGCUGCAGGAGUCCAGUCACUCCGAGCUGCACACCCCUUCCAAGCUGAGCAUCCUGAACACCUGCACCCCCAGCCAGCUCGAGGGGCUGUGCUCCUUCCUGCAGCUCUCCACGUGCCCAGAGCCCUCCCUGGUGCGUUUCUGCAGCUGGCUGCUGCCUCUGAGCCCUGCCCUCAGCCACACCAGCGCAGCCAUCCUGGCACAGCAGCUCUUCCUCAGGCGGGUCCUGGCCCUCACCCAGCCGCCUUCCCGACACCUCAUGGCUGCCCUGACUUCGUUUUGCUCCAAGUAUUCCCAUUCCCUGUGCCGUGUGCUGGUGGCUGCAGUGCUGCAGGGGCCAGGGGAAGGUGCUGAGCAGACCAAGCUGCUGUGUGAGCUGGUGGAGGAGUGCCUGGAGCCCCACUCUGUGCAGCUGGUGCUGAGCCAAGUCCUGGAGGUGCCUUUGUCAGAGAAGCUCCUGCCAGUGCUGCAGGCCGUGCUGGGGCGGCAGGAGGUGCUGCCCCCUGAGCUCCUGGAUCUGCUGGUCCUGACUCUGUGCCAGCAGGCUCCAGCCUUUGCCACGUCCCUGAACUUUGCCAGGCUGGUGACAGCCGUGCUCACGGUGUACCAGAGCCAGGUCAGCCCAGCUCACAGGAGCAGCCUGGCUGCUGUCCUGGACCGGAGCACUGCGGUGCUGAAGAAAUCCCUGCAGGCUGUGCUGGAAGGGGCCAGGUGAUCACCCAAAGGAAUCGUGAGGGGGCAGCUUCCUGGUGUGCACGAGCUCUGUGCACGUUCCUCCCCAACAGCCA